UUCCACUUUUAAAAUAUAGUAUGUAUGACUUACUCCAAUAGUAAUAUCUAUAUUUUCCUUUUAUUCCCAUUUAUAAAAUAUAUUUUGAAUUAUUCUUACACUAUCAAUUUCUAUAUAUAUAAGUGGUAUUGGCUUGUGAAUUACUCAGAAGAAUAUUGUUACACCAAAAUCUUAUUUUCUGCGGUAGAGAACAAAAUGAUAAACGCCAUGAAAAGAGAAAAGAGAACUUAUCAUCGCCACACUCCUCAGCAGACCCAGAGACUUGAAGCUUACUUCAUGGAAUGUCCUAAUCCAGAUGAAUCACAACGACUCAAUUUGUGUAAAGAGUUGGAUCUAGAGCCGGACCAAAUCAAAUUUUGGUUUCAAAACAAAAGAACUCAAAACAAAGCUCGAGAUGACAGAUAUGCUAACAUCUUACUCCGUAGAGAAAAUGAAAAGAUCCAAUGUGAAAACGAAGCUAUGCUAGAGGCUUUAAAAAACGUGACUUGCCCAGCUUGUGGUGGUCCUCCUCUUGGUGUCGAACGCGACCACAAUUUACAAAACCUGAGUUUGGUAAACACUUAUCUCACAGAAAAGCAUGACGAAGUAGCCAAAGAUGUAUCCAUGAACCAGCACCAACAAACCAUGGUGAACCCAUUCGCUCCUGUUCAGGGACAACGAAUCUUUGAUACUCACGCCUCGUAUGGAACUAUUCCAAACAAUCUCAUGAACGAUCCAUCUAACUCAUCAGGAUCAUCAACUUUUCAAGACAUCCAACUACAACUCGAUAUAGCGCAAUUGUCUGAAAUUGCGGCAAGAGCCGUUGAAGAGCUCAAAUGGCUAUUUGUUGCCGAGGAAGCUUUAUGGGUUAUGUCGUCUAUUGAUGGAACAUAUGUGAUUGACCAAGAGAGCUAUGAGAGGUUCUCGCACUCGAUCAAACAUUUCAGGAAAAUGAGUGCUCGUGUCGAGUCUUCCAAAGAUGUCACGGUGGUUCCUAUAGAAGCAACAAAGUUGAUUGAAAUGUUCUUAGAUUCGGAAAAAUGGAAAAUGCUUUUUCCAACGAUCGUGGCCAAGGCCAUGACGAUGCACAAGCUCGGAACCGAGCUUCCCAUCAAAGAAAACUGCAACAACUUCCAAGUGAUAUGGGAGCAACUACACAUUCUGUCCCCGCUAGUGCCACCAAGGGAGUUUAUGAUCGUUAGGUGCUGCCAAAAUAUCGAUGAAGGGAUCUGGAUUGUUGCUGAUGUGUCACAUAGAAUCGUUAACUCUGACCAAGUCAACCCCUUUUGUUACAAACGUCCUUCUGGUUGUCUCAUCAGAGAAAUGCCCGGUGCUCACUGCGAGGCAUGUCUUCAUUCUCACAUGUUUCUCUAUUCUUAAAUGUAUAUGUUAUAUAAUUUGAAGUUAAGUGAAAUAAUGCAGGUAACAUGGAUAGAGCACGUGGAAGUUUCUCAUAAACCCGAUGCACAUCGGUUAUAUAGAGAGAUUUUAUGUGGUGGCUCAGGCUACGGGGCUAAGCGUUGGACCACCACCCUGGAAAGAAUGUGUGAGAGGAUGGUUCUCUACUCCACCCUAAUCAUUCCGGCUACUGACUGGAGCGAAGCUAUAACGACAGUGGAAGGAAGAAGGAGUGUAAUGAAAUUAGGGGAAAGAAUGGUGAAGAACUUAAACGAGAUGCUGACCAUGUCCGGAAAAGUUGACUUUCCGCAGCAGUCCAAAUGUGGAGUCAGAAUCUCUAUCAGGAUGAACAAUGAAGCCGGUCAACCAUCCGGUUUAGUUGUCAGUGCUGCGUCUUCUUUCUCAGUCCCAGUCACACCUUUGCAAGUCUACAACACCCUGCGAAACAAUGAGACUCGUCACCAGUGGGACGUUCUUUGCUAUCGAAACGCAGUCUCUGAGAUCGCUCGCGUUUUCACCGGAUCAAAUGAAAACAACUACAUCACCAUUCUCCAGCCCACACAAAGACAUGAAGAUGUCAUGGCACAAGGCCCAAAGAAAAACAUGAUGAUGCUACAAGAUUGCUACAUGGACGAAUUAGGAGGCAUGAUAGUGUACGCUCCUCUCGACAUGGCUUCAAUGAGCCUUGCUGCCUCAGGUGAAGUCGACCCUAUGAAUAUUGCAAUCCUUGCUUCUGGUUUCACCAUCUCAAACGAUGGCCGGCGAUCCAUGGGGGCUGCGGAGGGUGGAACUAUACUCACGGUGGUUUUUCAGAUCCUUGUCUCUGCUGAAGACAAUAGGACAAGAGAGGUGAAUGAGCAGUCAGUGGGCAUGGUUAGUGGUUUGAUCAGCUCCACUGCUCGAAACAUCAAGCUCUUGCUCAAUUGUCCUCUUGAGUGAGAAUAUAGUACUAUGGAAGAUUCUCAAUUCUGUCUUUCUUUUGUCUGAGAUGUUUUAUUUAUGUUGGAUUUGAAGGAUUUCUAUUGGUUAUGAUGAUUUUUAGAGGACAUGUUUUAAUUUUUAAUUUUGGACCUUUUUGUUUGUUAUAAUGAUUUAUCCCAUAACUA